AUGGCUGCACUUACGAAACAGGAAAGCGAGAAUGAAUGCUCUCAAAAAAAUGUUGAUCCAGAACGUCGGUCGGUGUCUGUCUGGAAAGGAGAAGCUGACGUUUGCUCUGGCUGUAUAUUAAAGAAUGGAAGAAGGACAAAUAAUGAAAUUGAUAUUGGAUUACAUGAAAGACUUUCACCAAAAAAUGGAGAGAGAACUGAAUAUCGUCCGACAGAAGAGAUUCAGUAUUUCCCUGGAAUAACAAACGAAAAACCAAAGCAUCCCGAUUUUGCCAUACGGAGAGCAAGACUGUCAUCAUUUUCGCAAUGGACAAAGGGUCACGUGAUGAAACCGGAAGAUUUAGCAGAAGCAGGAUUUUACUUUUCUGGAGUGCGGGAUUUUGUAAGAUGUUUCUUCUGUGGUGGUGGAUUGAAAAACUGGGAGUAUGGAGACAGUCCCUGGAUUGAGCACGCUAGAAGGUUCUCGACGUGCGCAUAUAUAAAACAAUGCAAGGGAGAACACUUUAUAACUUUGUGUCAGAUAUCAAAUAUGACUUUUCCGACACAGAUCAAUGUUCAGUUGCGAGAUUUAGAUUCAGGACAGACAAACAUUGUUGAAGACCAGUGCAUUACAGAUUUAAAUAGUAUUGCCGCUAAACGUGUUCUCGACAUGGGAUACAUGCAAACACAGACAACAGUUAUACAAGCUAAUGCAUCUGCUACAACAACGACACCAGGACAGCAUAGCAACACCACCCGCAACAGAAGUCAGUCAUCUUCUCCAAACAGCCGGCAGUCGGACCAGUCUAAUGUCGCCAUAGAUGAGAGAAAGUCACUGAAUGAAGAAAAUCGACAAGAACUCAAAGAACAGAUAAUGUGCAAAAUUUGCUUUGAUAAAGAUGCAAAUAUUGUGCUUCUUCCAUGUGGACAUUUGGCUUCGUGUGUUGAAUGUGCGCAUGCGCUAAGAAAAUGCGCCAUCUGUCGUACAGUUAUUCAGGGGACUGUUAGAAUAUAUCAGGCAUAA